AUGAGCAGUGGUCAAAGUGAUUAUAUUCAGAAAGGAAUUAAGAGCGCUGAACAAGCUACAGCUGAAGAUAAAGCACAUAAUUAUGAAGCUGCUGCACAACAUUAUAUGACUGCAGCAGAUUGGCUUAUGCAAGCAAUGAAAUAUGGAGCAAUGAAUACUCAAAUGAAACAAACCAUACGACCUAAAAUAGAAAGUUAUGUAAAACGAGCAGAAGAAAUAAAAGAAAUUUUGAAGAAGGGCCCAUCUAAAAAGAAAGCUGUUGCUGAUGGUCCUAAUGGACGUGGAAAUUCGAAAGAUAACAAAGGAGAUGAUGACGAUAGCGGUGAUCCAGAUAGAAAACGUAUGAUGCAAAAAUUUGAAGGCGCUAUUGUGACUGAUCCGAAAGUAACAUUUGAUGAUGUAAUCGGGUUAGACCAAGCUAAAGAAGCAUUGAAAGAAGCUGUUAUUUUACCGGUGAAAUUUCCACAACUUUUUCAAGGAAAACGUAAACCAUGGGCUGGUAUUUUACUAUAUGGACCUCCUGGUACUGGUAAAUCUUACUUAGCUAAAGCUAUUGCUACUGAAUGUAAAAGUACAUUCAUUUCGGUGAGCUCAUCUGAUCUUCUUUCGAAAUGGUUGGGUGAAAGUGAAAAAGGUGUCAAAGGUCUAUUUGAACUUGCUCGUGACCGACAACCGUGUAUUGUAUUUAUUGAUGAAAUCGAUGCUUUAUGUGGACAACGUAAUGAUACUGAAUCUGAAUCAUCAAGACGUGUCAAAACUGAAUUUCUUGUUCAAAUGGAAGGUGUUGGAACAGAUAAUUCAGGUGUUCUUGUUCUUGCAGCCACUAAUAUUCCUUGGGCAUUGGAUACAGCUAUUCGACGACGUUUUGAAAAGAGAAUUUAUAUUCCACUACCUGGUGUAAAUGAACGAGCAGCUAUGUUUAAAAUACAUUUAGGUGUUAGUACUUACCAUAUGAUAAAAGACAAUGAAUGGAUGCAGUUGGCACAAAGAGCUGAACAUUAUUCUGGUGCUGAUAUUGCUGUUGUUUGUCGAGAAGCUUUACUAAGACCUAUUCGACGACUUGGUUCAGCAACUCAUUUCAAACGAAUGUCAAAUCCAAAACCUGAUGGUCCUCAAUAUCUUUGGCUUGUUUGUUCACCUGGAGACCCAGAUGCUCAAGAACUUACAUUAGAUAAAAUAAAAUCUAAUGAAUUAUGUGAACCCCCAGUCACCAUGUCGGAUAUGUUAGCUGCUCUUGUUACACAAAAACCAACAGUAGGUGAAUCUGAUCUAUUAUCACAAAAAAAGUUUACUCAAGAAUUUGGUCAAGAAGGUUCAUAG